AUGCAUCAUCGGAUUUGGUUUUUCAAGCCGAUUAUUCAAAUUGAUGGAACCUGGUUGUAUGGGAAAUACAAAGGAACGUUACUGAUGGCAGUCGCGCAAGAUGGAAACAACAAUAUUUUUCCAAUAGCCUUUGCUUUGGUAGAAGAAGAAACAGCUACUGCUUGGAGUUUCUUUUUGAAGAAUCUUCGAGCUAAAGUUGCUCCACAACCUGAUAUUUGUUUGAUUUUGGACAUGCACGCUUCUAUUGGCAGCGCAUACAAUAAUCCGGCAAAUGGUUGGCACGACCCCCCGUCUACGCGUGUCUACGACAUUAGGCAUAUCACACAAAAUUUUAUGCGAAAGAUCAAAGAUAAAUUUUUGACGAACCAUUUGGUGAAUGCGGGGUAUGCCUUAAACCAACCUGGAUUUCAAUACUACCGCCGUGAAAUAGAGUUGUCAAAUCCAGAUGCGGGGAGGUGGAUUUACAGCAUUGACAGAGCGAGAUGGACUAGGUCAUACGACGAUUGGGCGAGGUGGGGCCACAUGCCUACAAAUCUUGUGGAAUCAAUGAACGACGUUUUCAAGGGCAUACGAAACCUACCUGUAAUGGCUUUGGUGAGUGCAACAUAUUUUCGGAUGGCAAUUUUGUUUGCCACAAGAGGUAAGCGGUGGAAUUCAGUGUUACAGACACAACAGGUAUACAACGAUGUCUGCAUGAACUAUGUGCAACAGGAAUCUGCCAAGGGAAACACUCAUCGAGUUACAGAGUUUGACCGUCAUGGCCACACCUUCAGUGUCAAAGAAAUAAUUGACCACAACCAGAGGCUGCCACGACAACAGUAUAGGAUCUCAAUCCCAGAUCGUUGGUGCGACUGUGGCCAAUUUCAAGCGUAUCACAUUCCUUACUCCCAUGCCAUUGUAUCAUGUUCACAUAGUCACUUUGAUGCAUUAUCAUUGGUAUCACCCAUUUACAAGGUAUUAACGUUGCUCAACGUAUACGACAAUUACUUUUCGGUGGUAGCGAUGGAGACAUAUUGGCCUGUGUAUGACGGGGAAACUGUUAAUGCGCCGGAAUAA